GGGAGCGCUGGAGGAGGGGGCUUCGACGGAGAAGAAAUUUAGCAAUAACUGAAGCAUAUUUGAACUAGGCACUGUACCAAACAUCAGACGCAUCUUAAUGCUUCAGGAUCAAAGGCAACACUAUUCUUUUCCAGCUGAUUUAUCACACGGAACAAGAGAGUGUUUUCUGGAAACCCAUUGCUGUUUAUGAAUAGUGUUGCUAAAUUGACAACGGAACGACUUGUUAAGCUAAAUGGUUUGCUUGCAGAACUCACUCGCUCGGGCCAUUUCUCAGACUGCUUCAAACUGUUCGGCCAAAUUCACUCAUCCUACUCCCUAAGACCUGAUCAGUACACCCUUUCCACAGCUUUCACUGCCUGUGCUAACAAUCGCAAUGUGUUUUUUGGUAACCAGCUACAUGCAUAUGCCAUUCAAACUGGCCUCAAAGCCUACUCUUUUGUUGCAAAUUCUUUACUUUCAUUGCAUGCAAAGGCUAAAGAUCUCAAUUCUGUUGUAUGGGUAUUUGAAGAUAUUGAAUACCCAGAUGUAUAUUCUUGGACGACGUUGCUUGCUGCUUGUACCAGGUUGGGGCACAUUGGUUAUGCCUUCCAACUCUUUGUUGAAACGCCAAAGAGUAAUGUAGCAAUUUGGAAUGCCAUAAUUACUGGAUGCACAGAUAAUGGGCAUGAAAAGGUUGCUAUGUAUCUAUUCAGAGAGAUGCAUAGACUGGAUGUUAAACCUGACAAUUACACGUUGGCCAGCAUAUUGAGUUUAUGCUCUAUGAAGACUUUGGAUUAUGGGCGACAUGUUCAUUCGGUGGUAAUCAAAGCAGGCUAUCUAGUAAGGGCUUCUGUGAAUAAUUCUUUAAUAACUAUGUAUUUUAAUGGUGAAUGUGUUGCAGAUGCUUUUUUGGUAUUUGAGGAAGCAGAAGCAACCGUUGUUGAUUGUAUUACAUAUAAUGCAAUGAUAGAUGGUCUUGUUAGCGUGGAAAGAAAUGAAGACGCGUUUUUAAUGUUUAAGAAGAUGCAAGAGGCUUGUCUCGGUCCAACAGAACUAACUUUUGUGAGUGUCAUGAGCUCUUGUUUGUCUUUGAAAACUGGCUGUCAGGUACAAGCCCAGGCUAUCAAGAUGGGUUACGUUGACUGUAUUGCUGUAAAUAAUGCAACAAUGACCAUGUAUUCCAACCUUGGGGAGUUGCAUGAGGUUCAAAAUAUUUUUGAGAGAAUAGAACAAAACGAUCUUGUUUCAUGGAACAUAAUGAUUUCAGCUUAUUGUCAGGAGAAUCUUGGGGCAUCAGCAAUGCUGAUCUUCCUGGAAAUGAGGAGGCAAGAAUUUGAACCAGAUGAAUUUACCUACGGGAGUCUGCUAGUUGCUUCUGAAUCUUCACAAAUUGUAGAAAUGAUUCACUCCUUCUUGUCCAAAAAAGGGCCUAUGAAAGUUGAAGUUUCUAAUGCUUUAGUUUCUGCAUACUGCAGGCAUGGAAAGAUGAAUCAAGCCUUGCAGGUAUUCUCUGAUAUCCCUCGUAAAAAUUUGACAUCAUGGAAUAGUCUUCUCUCUGGUUUCUUACUAAAUGGAUAUCCCCUGCAAGGAUUAGAGGAAUUCUCAGAGUUUCUUCAUACGAAGCUCAAACCAAAUGUCUUCACCCUCACUAUCAUUUUGAGCAUUUGUUCUAGUAUUUCAGCCUUAAGUCUUGGGCAACAGAUUCAUGGUUACAUACUCCGACAUGGGUUUUCCUCAGAUAUUUCUUUGGGUAAUGCCUUGAUCGCGAUGUAUGCCAAAUCCGGGUCUUUAGACAUGUCUAUGAGAGUAUUCAAUGCAAUGGUGAAAAGAGAUACAAUCUCUUGGAAUGCUAUAAUAUCAGCUUAUGCGCAGCACGGGCAAGGCAAAGAAGCUGUGCGCUGUUUUGAGGCAAUGCAAAAUUCACCUGAGAUCAAACCAGAUCAAGCAACCUUCACUGCUGUUCUUUCUGCUUGCAGCCAUGCAGGUUUAGUUGAUGAUGGUACUUAUAUUUUUUAUUCAAUGGUGAAAAAUUACGAAUGCAUGCCCAGCGUAGAUCAUUUUUCUUGCAUAGUGGACCUUCUGGGUCGCAGUGGAUAUCUUGAAGAGGCAGAAAGAGUAAUAAAUGGAGGGCAAUUUGGAGCACAUUCUAACAUAUGCUGGGCUUUGUUUAGUGCUUGUGCAGCUCAUGGUAAUUUAAGACUUGGAAGGACAAUUGCUAAAUUUCUGCUGGAAAGAGAGAGAGACAAUCCAUCAGUGUAUGUGCUUUUGUCAAAUAUAUAUGCUGCGGCUGGCCACUGGGAAGAAGCAGCUAAUCUCAGAGAUAUGAUGAGAAUGGAUGGGACAACGAAGCAACCUGGCUACAGUUGGAUUGGAGUUUAAGAUUUUCCUCUCGUUAGUGUUUUGUUUGUAAAGAUGAUGCAAUUAGUGAAGAUCCCCUGGACGCUUUGUUUUGUGAAGUCCUAAAUAAAAAAUAGUGUCUAGCCAGGGGCCUAAUGGCACAGGGGCGCCUAGUGUCGGAGACAUUCACAAUGACAGGACAGCUUCUA